UUUAUUUGAAAAAAAUUGUGUUAAAGUAGCAUUUAAAAUGGUUGAAAACAAUGAGAUUGAACUUUCGGAAGCGGAAGCAGAACAGUAUGACCGUCAAAUACGUCUUUGGGGCUUAGAUUCACAAAAACGUUUGCGCGCCUCCAAAGUUUUGAUAAUCGGUCUUUCCGGUCUCGGAGCCGAGACAGCGAAAAACAUAAUAUUAUCUGGAGUAAAAAGUGUUUGUCUGCAAGACAAUGAAGUUCUUAAAGAAAUCGACUUAUAUUCACAGUUUUUGGCCCCUCCUGACAAAAUCGGCGAGAAUAGAGCGGAAGCUUCGCUGGUAAGGGCCAAAGCGUUGAAUCCAAUGGUUGAUAUUACUACAGAAACGAAAGCUGUCGAUUCGCUUCCAGACAGCUUCUUUACAACCUUCGACAUUGUUUGUGCUACUGGGCUAAAACAAGAACAGCUGGAACGUAUCAAUAACAUUUGCAGAGAUAAAAACAAAAAGUUCCUUUGCGGUGAUGUUUGGGGUAUGUUCGGUUACAUGUUCGCUGACUUAGUGGACCAUCAGUAUUCAGAAGAGAUAGUACAGCACAGAGCGGUGAAACGUGGUCCUGAUGAUACGGAGAAAAGUGGGGCGGCGACUGUCAGUAUUACGGUGAAACGAAGAGCCAUAUAUGUUCCCCUACAAAACGCGUUAUCCGCUGACUGGUCAAAGCCUGAAUUAAGAUCCAGAUUGCGCCGCGGAGAUCCUUCGUAUUUCGUAAUGAAGAUUUUACUACGUUUUAGAGAUGAAUACAACAGGAAUCCUGAUCCAGCUAGAAGGAAAGCGGACACGGAAAUACUUUUACGUAUGAGAGAUGAGUUAGUGAAAGAGCUUUCAUUGCCAGUUGGCUUCAUCAGUGAUGCAUUGCUUACUGAUGUGUUUGGGAUAGUGUCAGGAGCAGCUGCUGUUGUUGGUGGUGUCAUUGGUCAGGAGGUGGUGAAAGCGAUGAGCCAACGUGAGCCACCACAUAACAACAUGUUUUUCUUCAAUCCAGUUAAAUGUGUAGGCUUUGUUGAACUUUACGGUCAAUGAAGUGAGAUCUGCAUAGAACUUAAGAUGUUUAUAAUGUAUAAUGAUUAUAAUAAAUAUUUAA